GAAGACUUUACUGCGUUUUAUAUUCCAGAGUCAACCUAUAAAAAAAUAAGCAGCCAGCAGGGGCUAAGACAGUACAUUAAAGAAAGACUAGCUUUGGCUUUUAGGUUCUUCGCAGCUCACGGUAUGGAAGAAGGAGCAUCUGGUCAUCUUACAGUCAGAGACUGCAUUGACAGCAACACAUUCUGGGUCAACCCCUUUGGCGUGCCUUUUGAAAUGAUGACCGCUUCUGAUUUGCUCAGAAUCGACCACAGUGGUAGGAUUGUGGAAGGCGGCAAACCCGAUCGUCAAUAUUACAAUUCAGCAGCUUAUGUAAUCCAUGCCGCUGUACAUUACGCCCGUCCGGACGCGAAUGCUGUUUGUCAUUCGCACUCACGUUAUACUAAGGCUUUCAGCGCGUUUGGCAGGAAACUCGAGAUGAUUAGCCAAGAUGCGUGCAUCUUCUACAAUGAUCAUGCAGUCUACGAUGAUUUCGGCGGGGUAGUCCUGAAAGGCGAGGAAUCUGCUGCAAUCGUCGCCGCAUUGAAGUCAAAUAAGGCCUUGUUCAUGGUCAAUCAUGGCGCAUUGACUGUGGGGAAGACUAUCGAGAGCGCUGCGUUUUGGUUCUAUUCCCUGGAGAAACAAUGUCAAGUGCAACUCACUAUUGAUUCUGCUUCAACCGGCAGAGGAUGGAAACCGAGGAUCAUAUCGACUGAUUCGGCCCAGUUCACUUACGACAACACCGCCGACGAAGACAGCGGUCGUUUCGAAGGAGAGUGUCUCUUUAAGAGCGUAGAAUAUAGGUGCAACAGCGCACACAAGGAAUAA